GAAAUAAUGUUCUUUUUACCUUUAUUAUUAUUGUUAUUAUUUUAUUAUUUUUUCUUUAUUUCUUUCUUUAUUUUUUUUUCAGGAAACAAACAAGAUAAAAUGCCUAGCCCUAUGACAUUUUUUUCAUUAGGAGCAGUUGGCGCUGCCGCAGUCUAUGCUACCAACACUAAUCGAAGAAGAAGAAGAAGAAGAGACUCUCAAAUAUCAUCAGUUGAUGAAUUCUCAAAUCCAAAUACGCUUUCAGGAAGACAAUCACAUAUGACCGUUCAACCUGAUCAUGAAUGGGAUUUUAGAAAGCAACCUGAAUAUGUUUGGCGUCGUAAUAAUGGAGUUAGCUUUAGCCAUAAUUCUGACCCAAAAUUUCCCUUGAGUCAACAACAGAAGAAGAAUAUUGAACAAGACUCUUCUUUUUCCACUACCAAAUAAAUCAUACUAUUUUAUGCAAUUUUUUUUUUCCUUUUUAUUAAAUAAAAUAAAGUCUGUAUUAAAAUCAUUUUAUGAUCAGUAUUAUUAUUAGUAUUAUAAAUACAUAUACAUAUAUA